AUGGAGUUGACAGUUCUUGAGGAGGAGGCUGUCUUGCUGAAGCAGGCAGAUGCUAUAGCUUUCAUCAAGUUACUGCAGGUAGUAUCACUGGAUGAUCCUGUGGCUAAAUUGGAUGAUGCUGUGCUGAGCCAUUUGCGUAAUCCAUACCAGACUGGUCUUGAAAUUAACAGUAGUGCUGUCCAACAUGGGAUUGCAACAUACUUUACAGUAGAACACUCAUCAGUCAACACAUAUGAGUCUAUUCAACAAUCUGCUAUGCACUGCCUUGAAGGUGAGGCUACUCAAAUACCUAGUUACUAUAAUUAUACUGGUGUAGAAUCAAUUGAACAUGAUAUGUGUCCAGGUACCUGUGUUGCAUUCAUGGGUCCCUUUGCUGAUCUCACACACUAUCCUAUCUGCAAUACAGACCACUACAACCCCAUCAAACUUCAUACAAGUGGUGGUCAAAUGCACAUUGCACAUCAGAAGUUCAUAACCAUUCCCCUCAGUGCACAACUACAAGCACUAUGGCCCAAUGGUGGUGUUUUCGAUGUUUUUGAUGACUUCUGCAAGGGCUGUGAAUUUCUACAGGCUGUUCAAUGGGGUGAUAUCAAGCCCGAUGAUAUUGUAUUGAUGAUCUCACUCAAUGGUGCACAGUUGUAUGAGUCCAAAUUAUCAGAUUGUUGGACCUACAUUUGGAAACAAUAUGUGCUUCCUGGAGGUUUCAUUCCAGGACCCAACAAGCUGAAAAACAUGGACUCAUUCCUAUUUCCUGGUCUGCACCACCUAGCUGCCUUGCAGAAUGAAGGCCUUUGUAUCUGGGAUGCAUGGCACAACAUUGUAUUUAUUUCCAACUCAUUUCUUAUCUUCAUUACUGCAGAUGGACCUGGGCUUGUGUAUUUUGAUGGUAUGAAAGGAACCUAUUACUACCCUGCAUUGCUAAUUCCCCAUCAUUAUGCUGUCGCUGGCAGUAACCACCCUGACAUCAGCAUCUAUGAGUUACAUGAUCCUGACCUCACUGAAUAUUUUGACAACCUUCUGAAACUUUAUUGCAAGCUGUGA